AACUGGAAGGAACUUCAGAGGCCAUCUAGAUUAACUCCUUCAGACGUGUGGUUUGUCCAAGAAACCUCCCUGUUGGAAAGAAGUUCCCAAGAACAAGAGACGCAAUUAGAGAUGGCUUCAAAAGGCGUUUUGUUUCUCAUUGAAAAAAGACAACCACAUACAGCCCUAGUACCACAGUGCCUCGGAAUGACAGGGCAUAGGAUGUCAGCUCAAGUCAUUCAUCAGGUUGAAGAGGAAUUAGAUGAAGAUGAAAAGGAGGUGAUUCUUUUCUUAUGCCGGGAUCUUGCCCCAGAUUUAACCACAAAGUUGGACUUACGGGAUCUUCUAUGCACCUUGAAUGAGAAGGGCAAGCUACCUCCUGCUGGUUUGGCAGAAUUGCUGUACAGAGUAAGGAGGUUUGACCUGCUAAAGAAGAUAAUGAAAACAGACAAAGCUUCGGUGGAAGCCAGCCUGAUCAGAUACCCAAAACUGGUUUCUGACUAUAGGGUGCUGAUGACACAACUUAGUGAGGAUAUGGACAAAUCGGAAGUGACUUCGUUCAUUUUUCUACUAAGAGAUUACAUAGGAGGAGGGAAGCCAUACAAGAACAAGAGUUUCUUAGAUGUUGUUAUCGAAUUAGAGAAGGUAAACCUGAUUGCUCCUGACAAGUUAGAUUUACUGGAAAAAUGUCUGAAGAAUAUUCACAGGAUUGAUUUGAAGAAAAAAAUUCAGAAAUAUAAACAGUCAGCUUUGGAAACAAACUAUGUGAAUGUAAUCCAGGCAGAUCCUUUUUAUGGCUUAAAGCUCAAGAAUGGGAUAAAAAAGGAAGAAAGACCAACCUUUGGACAAUGUGGAAUUUCAACUGAACCAGUUAAACUAUCCAUUCAGGAAUCCAGAAAAUCCUUGCCUCAGAUGGCUGAUGACAUAUACAGGCUAAGGAGCCAACCAUUGGGCAUCUGUUUAAUAAUUGAUUGCAUUGGCAAUGAUGCAGAGACACUUAGGGCCACAUUCACUUCCCUGGGGUUUGAGGUGCAGUGUCACCAGUGCCUGCGAGCAGAAGAAAUCCACAAGACCCUUUGUCAAGUUGCCUGUCUCACCUCGCAUCAGGACUAUGACAUUUUUGUGUGUAUUGUGAUCAGUCGAGGUAACUCGGAGGGGAUUUUUGGAGUAAACCACCAGACUUACUCAGUGUUCCCUCUGCAUCAGAUAAAGAAGUUUUUCACUGGGGAUGCUUGCCCUUUGCUCUCGGGGAAACCCAAACUCUUUUUUAUUCAGAACUAUAUAACAGCAGAAGACCAGCAAGAACCAAAUAAUCUCUUGGAGGUGGAUGGAGGUGGCAGCAAAGCAGGAAAUACUCUUUGGCAGAGAUCUGUAAGAUCAGCUGUGCCUCAAGAAGCCGACAUCUUUUGGAGUGUGUGCACCGUGAAUGUGUCUGUGCUGGAGAAAUCCCCCAAUUCAUCAUCUUUCUACCUGCGUUCCCUGUCGCAGCUCCUACGUCGACCUGAGGAGAGAAGAUGCUCGCUUUUGAGUCUCCACACUGAUCUCAACAACAAAAUCUUUGACUGGAACAGCAGAGUGAAUCCUGAAGAGCAGUACUCUAUCCUGUUAGAACAUACCUUGAGGAAGAAAAUUGUUCUUUCCUAUAGAUGAGACAAAAAAAAGUUUCACAUGAUAUUAACAGAUGGGACCACAGUCCCUAAUGCAUAGUUUUCUUCUGUGCCUUGAAUGUGUUUAUGUAGUGUGGUUGCUGUGGGAUGAGGUCUUGGUCCUCGGAGAUGUUCCCCAUUGAAAUGAUGAGAAUGGGAUUUUUGAAUCCUGAGUAGUGUUCAAUCAUCCUUGACCAGAGAACCAAGGAAUAAGUGAUACAGAUAUUAAGUUUGGUCUCUUAGUCUGCAUUUGCUUAUCCAUUGAUCUGGGAAAUUAUGGUAUUAUAUUGUAUUGUUAGUAAGGGAUGACUUUUCUUUCCUUCUUGGAAAUGAAAGUAGUCUAAUGUCCUAAAACCACCAUUUCUAAUUAUUUUUGUCUUUUUUUCUAAGGAAAGUACCACUUAAUUAAGGGCUUGCUGAUGUGCUUUCAGGAUAUAUCUAUAGCUCAUAUCUUUGUGUAAUGGUUGCAAAACUACCUUCAGAAGGAGUCCGAGAAGGAUCUUCUGACCUGGCAGCCUUUGUACUAUCUCACUGAGCUCAAUGGAGCUGAACUGAUAAUUGUGUUCUUAUUUCCUUUUAUCCACACAAAUAUAAUCUCAAGAUUAUAUAACAUACUGACCUCUCUUUAGGCACUUUUGGGAACCUAAAACACAGGUUAUACAUAAUACCUUUUAAAAAAGUAUACAUAACUUAUCAAGAUAGUUACAAGUGGUAUACCUUUUAAUAUUUAUUUAUGUCCUCAUUUACUUUUAUGUAAAGUCUUCUUGACUAUCAUAUAUUUUUAAACAUAAAAGUAUGUAAUUUUCCAUGACUAAAUUUGUAUUAAGUAUCUGCUCUAUGCCUCUCACUGCAGAAGUAUAGAACAGAGUAGACUCUGAAAACAUGUAAUUAGUUCUAAAUAAUGGUAUUUGGGGUGGAGGGAGAGAGAAUUACAAGAUGAUGUUGAGAAUGAAAUGCAAAACUGUAGUAAUUUGCAAAGAAGUUUAUUAAAUUAUCCAGUAGAGGAGGAGAGCUGAAAAAAAGAGUGGCCCAAUUCCUUCGAAUGUCUGAAAGUUACACAUUACAGUGAGCAAAAACUCCUCACAUUCCACGCAUCAGUCUUCAGAUCUGCGUGAGUUUCUAGUUAGUAUAGCCUAUUCCUGAGUUAAGUAUUAAACAAAUCUGAUCUCUAAGCAUCAGACCUGGCUUUCUUAGCCCUUUUGGGCUCAGAUCAAACAAUGCAAUCAAGUUUUCUCACAGUGGAAAAUUUGGGUUUGAUGUAAGUGGGAAAAAUAAAUUCCCCAACAAUUAUCAUUCUCUUCAAAUGGAAAGUGGAAAGGAAUGGGUUCCCCCUCACUAAUGGUCUUCAAGUGAUGGCUUGGGUAUAUUGUGAAAGGAUUAAUUUUCAUUUGUGAUUUGGACUAAUGAUCUCUGUAUUUCUUGGGAAUCAACUCCAAGAAACCUCUAUUCCUUUUCCUUUCCACUCUGCAUCACUUCCUCAUCUGUUCUUGCUGUGAGCAUAAUUUUUACAAGCUUUGCUCAUUCAUUACAAAUUCAAGUAAGUACUAUCAACUUCUUGGUCUUAUAAUUCAGAAGAAAUUUCUAUAAAACAAGUAUGAUUUUAUCAUGUCUUUUAAUUUUCCUUUAAUUAAGUGACUUUAAAUUUGAGCACUUUAAUGGAAGUAUUUCAAGAAUAAUAUACAUUUACAUGUUCGUAUAUAUCAACAUCAAAAAAACUUAUCUAAGUCAAUAAUAUGUUGGAAAAAAAUCUUGACAUAUUUUAUAGAUUUGAUUGUGUGUUUGGUUUUUGUUAUACUUCUUUUUUUCCCCCAAUGAUGAAAUGUGAUAUAUAUUAUAGAGAAGAGAUAGAUUUAGGGUACAGAAUGAAAAAUAUAAUUCUGUAUGCAGCUAUUUGGGGGAUUUCUUUUGCUCAAUUUAUACAUAUUUGUUACAAGAAAUUUCUUAUCUUGUUUCAGGUCAGGUAGAAGAGAGAGGGAAAGAAAAUAGAUUUCUGCUGUGUUUGUUUUCUUUAAAUAGUGAGAGGAAAUUCUGCAGAUAAUGAAUGGUGCAUUUACUUUUGAGAUGAGAGCACUAUUAUUAUGGGAGUAAUCUGGAAAUGUAAAUAAAUGUUUUUUAAAUAAAAUAUAUGAAUAAAAGUUCACUUUUUAAAAGAGAAGUCAUUGUCUCUGAAUCUUCUUUUCCUCAUUUGUAAAAUGAAGAGUCUAUACUAGAUGGUUUGUGAAGGUCUUUUCCAUUGGUUUGUCACUUUAACACCAUUUUGAACUCUGAAAUCUUCAGGGCUCUCUUUUUUAAUUUGUUCUUUAUAUAGUUCUAGGAAAAACUACUAUGUGCAAUUGUCACUUACUGUAAGAUUACUUGAUUUCAGACAAAACAAUGUGUUUGAGGUGCAUUUAGGAAUCAAGGUUAUAACUGUAUUAAUAAA